AUGUUGUUCUUACCCAUAACUCCAACAAUAGCUCUUCUCAUUCUCUCAUCACUAUCAACGUUGCUGCCCAGCUUCCUCUCAAACUCACCCCUUUCAACUAUCCCUCUUGGCGUGCCCAGUUCAAAGCCCUUCUCCUUGGAUCAACUCGUUCUCCACGCCAUUCUUGCCUCUGUCUCAGAAUCUGUCAUCUCUCUUAUUGCUGCUGCCUCAACCUCUAAAGCUACUUGGGACAAACUUACCAAGCUAUAUGCGAACCAUACCCGUUCUCGGGUCAUGAGUCUCAAGGAACGUCUCACUCUUGCUUGCCGUGAUUCCAAGCCCAUGAUGGAAUUUCUUCAAUCCAUCAAAGCCCUUGCUAACGAACUUGCUCUCAUUGAUUCUCUUAUAUUCGACGAUGAUCUCGUGAUCCAUAUCCUCAAUGGUCUCGGCUCUGACUUCAAAGAGAUCGUUGUUGCCAUUCGUGCUCGUGAAACACCUAUCACUUUUGAAGAGUUGCAUGAUAAGCUCGUUGACUUUGAGAGUGCAAUCAAGCGCCAUGACACUCCUCCUGAACCUCUUGUUGUCACUGCCAAUAAUACCCAGCGCACCACCUCCAAUUGUUCCUUCAACAAGGGUUCUUCCACAUCUCAUGGCUACAAGCCACCUUUUCAGCAGCGUGGCAUUCUUGGCCCUGACAACUCUUUCUUGCACACUUCCCGUCCAUUCUCUGGACAACGUCGCUUUUUCUAUCAACAAGGCCACAGUUACAAAGGUUUCUGUCAAUUAUGUGAUCAGCAGGGUCAUAGUGCCAAACGGUGUCCACAUGCUCAGGUUUUACCCUCCUCUGAUCCCACUAUGAACGUUGCUACUGCCCUUCAUACUGCCACUAAUUGGCUCAUUGACUCUGGCGCUUCUCAUCAUGUGACCCCUAAUUUCGCCAACCUUUCUCUCCACACCAAUUAUGAAGGUCUUGACUCAGUUGUGAUUGGUAAUGGUUCAAGCAUGGGCAUCACCCAUGUUGGCUCCACCUCCCUUCCUACCUCCUCUCGUGCAUUUGCCUUACAUGAUGAUCUUCGCACGGGGGCGACUCUCCUUCAAGGCCCGAAUAAAAAUGAUGUGUACAUGUGGCCCGGGUCAAUGCUUGACGUCUCCUCACCUUCUACACUUGUUAGUACGGCUUCUACCCUACAUGACUGGCAUAGUCACCUUGGCCACCCUUCUCAACCUGUCUUGGAUCAACUCAUCCGUUCUCAAUCUCUUCCUAUCACAUCAAAGUCAUCUGUUCAAUCUCCAUAUGUGUCGUGUCAAUGUAAUAAGAGCCAUAAGCUCCCUUUUCAUUUAAAUUCUCUUUCUAGUCAGCGUCCUCUAGAUCUUAUCUAUAUUGAUGUCCGGGGUCCUGCUCCCCUUCUCUCAAUUGAUGUGGUGGUGAAUACACAAAACUUAAACCUUUUCUCGCCUCCCAUGGCAUUGCUCAUCUCACCACACCUCCCCACACCCCCCCCCCAGCAUAAUGGCUAUGCCGAGCGCCGUCAUCGUCACAUUGUUGAGACUGGCCUUACCCUCCUUCACCAAGCUUCUAUGCCUCUACUUUAUUGGUCUUAUGCCUUUCAAGCUGCUGUAUAUCUCAUAAAUCGACUUCCUACUCUUCUCCUUAAAUCAUCUUCCCCAUACACAUCUCUUUUUGCUGAUCCAGGACCCAUUGCUGACCUUCCGCCAGCACUGCCAGCCGUGCCUUCUGCCGUUAUAGCCAUGCCACUUGCCCCUACCACCGUGUCCCCUGCCCCUAUAGCACCAGUGCCAGCUCCUGUUGCACCGAUGUCUGCCCAAUGUACACAUCAUUCUUCUUCCGUCUUAGGUGAGUCCUCUCUCGUGGCCCCUUCUUUCUCUCAUAUCUCAUCCUCCUCUCCUCUUUCUUCAGAAGCUUCUAAUCCUUCAUUGCCCUCCCUUCCACCACCUCCUCCCUCUUCUCAUGUUGUUACCCGUUCUCAAAAUAAUAUUUUUAAACCUAAACAACUUCACACCACCACUAAACAGUCCCUUACCCAACAUCCCCUUCCCUCCACCCCUGAACCUACCUGUGUUUCUCAUGCCAUCAAAGACAGCAAGUGGCGUUCUGCCAUGUCCGAUGAGUUUACUGCGUUGGUCCGGAAUGACACUUGGGAGCUUGUUCCCUCUCGCCCUAAUCAAAAUUUAGUUGGGUGCAAGUGGGUGUUUCGCAUCAAGCGUCAUCCUGAUGGGAGUAUUAACAGGUACAAGGCCCGUUUGGUGGCCAAAGGGUUCCAUCAGCGCCCUAGCAUUGACUUCUAUGAAACCUUCAGUCUAGUGGUCAAACCCACCACUAUACGAGUUGUCCUCCACCUUGCCUUUGCUCGUGGCUGGCCCAUCCGACAACUUGAUGUUAAUAACGUUUUUCUUCAUGGAACUCUUCACGAGGAACGCUUCUCUCUCAAGGACUUGGGUUCUCUACAUUUUUUCCUGGGUGUUGAAGUUAUUCCUACACGAUCGGGCUUGUUCUUAUCACAGCACAAGUACAUCCGGGAUCUUCUCAUCCGUGCUCACAUGGAAGGUGCCAAGGAUGUUUCAACGCCCUUGUCUACCACCACUACCCUUGUGCUCAACGAUGGUGCAACCCCCAUUGAUGCCACUCUUUUUCGCAGUCUUAUUAGUGGUCUCCAAUAUCUCAGUCUUACCCGUCCGGACAUUGCCUUUGCAGUCAACAAACUCUCUCAAUUCAUGUACUGGCCUUCUGAACUCCAUUGGACUGCUCUCAAACGCCUGCUCCGCUAUCUCAAAGGCACCAUUUAUCAUGGUCUUCAUCUUCAUCGCAACACCACACACUCUCUCUCUCUUCAUGCCUUCUCUGAUGCGGAUUGGGCUGGCAAUCCUGACGAUCGCACAUCCACCACUGCUUAUACCAUUUUUCUUGGUGGCAAUUUGAUCUCAUGGAGUUCCCGCAAACAACACUUUGUUGCUCGCUCCUCUACUGAAGCCGAGUAUCAUGUUGUUGCUUGCACUGCGGCCGAGCUCUCCUGGUUACAAAAUUUACUUCAUGAACUGGGUGUUUUGCUUCCUUCACCCCCUGUUAUUGCCUGUGACAACAUUGGUGCUACCUUUUUAUGUGCAAAUCCUGUUCUCCAUUCCCACAUGAAACAUAUUGCCAUUGAUCUUCACUUUGUUCGUAAUCUUGUCACUCAAGGCCUUCUCAAGGUCGCUCAUGUUUCCACUAUUGAUCAGUUAGCCGAUGUCUUGACGAAACCUCUUUCUCGCCAGCACUUCCAUUUACUUCGUUCCAAGAUUGGAGUCACCGACGGCGGCUCCAUCUUGCAGAGGCGUAUAAGAAAAGCUGUAAUUUCUCCUCCACUACAGCCGUAUUCCCAUCAAAUAAAAUAG